CCAGCAACAUGAAAAGCUGCGCGCGCACCGAUGGUCUAUCGCCAUUUUGGAUUCCACAUCUGUUUUCGAAGCGCCAAUUCCGCGGUGAAUUUUUCCUCUGUGCGGCUUCAUCUGCUCAAAAAUUGCCCAAAAUUGACUGCCUUCGGCAAGGCGUGUCCGCCAUGGAGGCGGUGCCAGAUCGCAUACUGCGGAAUCUUCCUCAAGAGUUGCAGUUCAAGGAAUCGUCCAUGUUUCCUGAACACACAGGUGUUUGGGCCAAGAGGACUAUAAAGAAAGGAACGGUUUUUGGUCCAUUUGAAGGACAAAAGAAGAAACUUCAGGACGUAGAUGAUGAUACGUACAGUUGGGAAAUCCGCGGUCCAAAAGGGCGUCGUCUCUAUUGCAUCGAUGCAGCUGAUCCAAACACUGGUAAUUGGAUGCGUUAUGUGAAGAGUGCUCGUUACUUCGAAGAACAGAACAUCCUAGCUUCACAAGAGAAAAAGAACAUCUUCUACAAAGCUAUGAGGGAUAUUCCCUCGGGCAAGGAGCUGCUUUGCUGGUUCUCAACAGGUCACGUGGCCAAGGUCUCCCCUCGUAAGGAAGACACAUCAGGCAAUGAAACUUCGGAGGCACACGACGAUGAAGCUGAGCCAGAGACAGAGUCUGAAGCCGGCCGAGACUCGAUCUCUCCGGGCCACAAUCCUCUCGCUAUCGCGCUAGGUGGAAUUCAGAUCUCCAACGUCGUCUCAUUAGCAAGCCCAGAGAACGUACCAGAGUUAACUACAGAUCAUUCAAAUGAAUCGACAGAGGGUACGAAUCGAAUGCCUGUCCUCGAGAAGAUAAACAGUGACGUUGCAAGAGACGAUCAGAGCGCAGAUACGUGUCCUAGUCCCAUCCAGAUGCAGGUCUCACCUACCCACCGUAGCUCCUGUGCUUCCCCUCCUCUGAUAUCACCGAUGUUUGGCAACAACAUUGGAGACGUACAGGGGGCUAAUGGAACAACAAAGACAAUUGAACACGGGCAUAAUCUCAGCAAGCAAUCAGUGGGCGAAGACAGCUGUUUGGUGGAAAAUGUGAGUUUGGCAACAGAUGCUGUAGAGGAUGUGGAAUCUUCUUCUUCAUCGCUCGAUAAACAGUCUGCCUCUUUGUUGCAAACUAAAGGUACUGAUGAUCAGACCCUUCAAGAAGGUGGUGACAAGAUCGAAUUUGAGAAUCAGGGUGAAGUAGCUGAAUCUGUAGAGUUCUUAUCUAUACCUAACACCAUUACCAAGGAUUUAUCCCAUGAAUCUGCAGAGUUCUUAUCUAUACCUAACACCAUUACCAAGGAUUUAUCCCAUGAAUCUGCAGAGUUCUUAUCUAUACCUAACACCGUUACCAAGGAUUUAUCCCAUGAAUCUGCAGAGUUCUUAUCUAUACCUAACACCGUUACCAAGGAUUUAUGCCAUGAAUCUGCAGAGUUCUUAUCUAUACCUAACGCUGUUACCAAGGAUUUAUCCCAUGAGCCAGCUGGAGGUAUAAAAUCAACAGGAUGCACUCUUCGAAAUCCCAAAUAUAUUUUGAAGAAAGUUGAUUUCUUGUGUACAACAAAAUACAAAAAGAAUGUUGUGAAGUGUUUGACGUGUGGCCAGAUCUUCCAGACCGUCAGUCAACUCAGAAGCCACUUUGUGAACAGCACUGGUCCACCCUUCAGAAGGCGACGCAGAGCGAAAAGAGGCAGCAAAAAGUUACUUAAUCAAAUUACAAAAAGAAAGAUUAAACCUCUAAUAAAUGGACAGACCAGUGCCAACAGUAAUAAGGAAGAUGUUCUCGUCGAUAAAGGCAUGGAAGCUCCUGGUAUCAUUCAGAAAACAAAGCUAGACUCCUUGCCUCCGGUCGACUUAGAUCCCAAAACAAGCAAUUUGGAAGAGAAAAUUGGGCAACAAAAGACACAAGUGACGUCCCCGCCUAAGCUGGCGUUUGCGUGUGAAUUCUGUGAACUUACGUUUGAUUGCUUUAAGUCGCUAGACGACCAUGUCAAAGCUCACUAUUUGGGGCAGUUACCGUACAAGUGCAAGUAUUGUAAGGCCGAAACUGAUAGUCUGCCUUCCAUCCACGCUCACGUCAUAUCGCAUCAAAUGAACGCUGAUUUUCCGUCAGACGACAACAAUAUGGCGGGAGUUGGACGCGUAUACCAAGCUCGCAUUGCCGGUCAUGGUAUUGAGGAAACGAUAGUGAAAUCACAAAGCAAAUCAUCUAAAGACAUUCCAAAGAAUCCCACUACUUAUUCCACACGACGACAUUUCCAAAACCUUUUAUUGAAAACUCAUGCCAUGGAUCAACCAUCUGAAGUAGGAGGAAGUUACGCGAUCCCGCUAGAGUCGUCCCAAGCUAAAUUCAAUAAGAUAAAAGAGAAGAAACGGUUUAUCAAUAAGAUCUACCCAUGCAACUUAUGUAACAAGAUGUUUGCAUCUUUACCGAAUGUCUACCGUCACAAGCGAGUUGUGCACGGCGUCAGUGUUGCCCGAAUGAGGAAGAGGAGAACCAAACUCCUCGUGAAUCUGGGAGAAACAAGUCCAUACAGUAGCAAUGCUAAACUCAACACAUCGAUGUCAGGUGAUCAGAGAGCACCAGUGCCCGCCCCGCAGUUCUCCAGUGAUGUUUCUUCAACACAUGGCACUGUGUCCACUUCCCGUUUACGCCAAGUAUCGCCUAACGUGUCGGUAACAAAUAUGCAGCCACCUACCAAGCUGUAUGUAGUAAGCGGGAAGCGAGUGCGACCCAUUCUGCCAGCACCAACCACGGCUGUAAGUAAUGAUAGUCCCCUUGUAAGCAAUCAAUCUGCGGUUUUCCACACCCAUCCUCCUACUUCAUCACAACAAAAUGUGACUCCUAUCACUGUCCCUACAUUCAGUUAUACCAGUGACACCACUAAUGACGUGCGCAAGUCGCAGAUUGCCAAACAACCAUCUUCAUGCACCCCUUCCGCGAGCCCACCCGUCACCAUAAACUCUGGGGCUCAUAUUGAUGUUAAGUCCCUACUGCUUGUGCCUGAGGAUCAAACACAGUCGACUCUUCAGCCCCCUUCAGCUCGCAAAUCGACCCACAAUUGCGUGGACAACGAAGGAGUCAUUCUAAGCAACCAGACAAAAGAGGGUUUCCACCAAGGCUCAAAGAUUCGUCAGUUCUCUGUCGUCAGUCCUCAGUAUGCUAAUACCGUAACUGACCAGACCCGCUUGUACCAACGCGCUCAGUUGAGUCCACGUUUGAGUUCUUCAUUCUCCAGAAGAAGUCCAAACGAGGGGACUCUUGCUUCUCUGCCUCAGCGCUCGUUCCCCAAGGAAGAACCACAAUCCUCCGCACCUUUUCCUUAUGCAGCCCGAGGAGAUCCCAACGGCGAAUUUGAGAAGCCCCGACCAUAUAUCCCAACAAAGGGUAUCAAGGUAACCUCACGCUCUUCAAGUAUCGGCAACUUCGAUAAGUUUGGAGCAAUGGACCUUGCUACUAAAAGAUCUUACGUUCAGUCUGGUGACAGUGAUUCUGCUUUGGAUUUAAGUCUUCCCAAAAGACUGCGUCUUGACAACACAGGGACAGAACCACUUCCUUAUUUUAAUCAACUACCCGAACAAACAGUUCCCCUAGAUCUCAGUAAGAAGGCAAAAAGCAUUCUAACUACCAUGAGUUCGACCGUCAGUGACUGCCAAAGUACUUCCAUAAUGUCAACACAACUGCAGAGAACUUUAGAGGUGGUAAAUGCUCAAGCAGCCUUGCAAGUGAAAUCUCGCAAUUCCGAUUUGAGCAAACUGUAUAGAACUUCCGGUUCCCCGACGUUCUACCCCAUCAAAACCGAAAUCAAGCCAUCCAAUUUAUGUGGUACGGGGACGAAAUCUAGCAGUUUGGAUUCUUCACAGAAGCAGGUUUUCUCUCCUCCUAACUUCACGGUAACACCUGUGUCCCAAGACAACAAACAAUGCCUUUUUCAAGUAAGUAGCCCAGGGCAAUCAUCCAUUGCGUCUUCAGUAACUCACAGUAAAGCUCAGGAUCAGGAUGGUUUGAGCUGCGAAAGCAGUCGUCACAGUGACGUUAUCCAAAACACAGCUGUUGACAGUUCCCUUCAGAAAGCAACACUACAAGACGUGAGUGGUCGCGCACUUGUUCCUACCAAGAUGGACUUUGCGUGUAACGUAUGCGGUGAAGUCUUGCCGUCCAUGACAUCUAUGAAUGCACACGUUAUAGAGCACGCCAAAGACUGGCCCUAUAAGUGCGAGUUCUGCCUUUGGCUCUUUCAGAAUCCCUCUGGACUUGCAGUGCAUCGUACGCAGCACCACCACGUCAAGAAGAUGUACUCAUGUGGUGUCUGUCGAAGGGAUUUUGCCUACCUAUCCAAUCUGCAGAAACAUCAGGUGGAUAGCCACGGCCUUAAGGAGUACACUUACAGGGAGACAAACACGGGGGAGCUACGCCCACUUAAUUUUACGGACCCCAGACAGGGGGUUGUUCACGCCAGACCCCUUGCCAGCAUCCGGUCACAGCAAUCACCACGAGUGUCAUUCAUUGCUCAGGAGAUGAGCAAACUCAAUCCCCUAAAAAUCGGUAAAUUAACGAUUCCGGUGAAGUCAUCUUCGUUUGGGGUCGCACCCGUGAAAAGCAAAACUCCGCCCCGGAAACAUGUACCUUUCAACCCUCAGAGGCAUCACCCCUUUGCUCAUGCGCGCCAAAUUGGUUACCUGAGCAUGCUGGCUGACCCCAAGAACCAAGAACAACUAAGUGGCACGUUAGUUAACAGAUGCACUAAGUGUGAGAAGGAGUUCGACAGUAUUGCAGACUUCCAUAAACAUAUCAUGGAAUGUGCUGCAAAACAAGAGACGAGUCAACCAGGUGCUCAAAUAGUCGAAAGAAGUCAAGAUGUCAGGAUUCCUGGUGCUUUGUCAGCGUCCCAAGCAGCCACAGAGGGUGACUGGAAGCUAAAUAACAGCAAAGAAGAACCUCAGGUAGACGAGCAGUCAAAGCCCGGUUCCACAGACAGGCCAAAAAGAGCUAAACCGGGCCUAAAAAUCUACAACCCCAUGAAGUAUUCCCGUCGCGAACCAGCAGGCAACAUGGAUGAUAUCCACACUUGUCACGGCUGUGAGAAGAAAUUCUACUUCAUCAACAAGUUGGAGAGGCAUAUGAGAAUGUGUCCUAACAGAGACAAGCUGAAACUCAACCAGAUCAUGCAAGUGAAACUGAUGACAAAGAAAAAGGACCAGACGUUGCUUAACUACCAACACCAGUGUCCAUUUUGCAAGCACCACUACACAUAUCUGAAGAGCUUAAAGAAACACGUACUGGUAUGCCAGUUCCGUCCUGCUGACGUCGUAGAUCCUUUGAAAUAUAUCGAGGAAAACGCAAUGAAAAAAGAGACCAGUGUUUCAGGGAAUGAUACUCAAGAUGAAGAAACUCCGAAGUCUACAAACAAUGAAAGUUCUAUUACGGCCAGUAUGGAGACCACACGCAAGGAUACUUCAGAACUUGAUGACGUUAACAAGAAGACAGCUGAGGAAUCGGGAAUGACUGACCGACAGGAAACGUCAGAAAACAGUGCAGCAGGUGGAUUGUAUGAUAGAAUAGGGAAGCAUCUGGGUCCACAAGUCGCAGCAUCCAAUGAGGAUGAAUUUCCCUCCAUGGACAACGACCAGCAACCUCCCACUGCGUCAUCUUUCCAACUGAGGAUAAGACCAAUGAGUGUCGGACCUAUCUUCUCAAAAAAAGGGAAAAAGAAAACACGUUGCAUGGCAACAUGGAACUUGGCUUCAGUAACAGGAAAGACCCAAAGUACACAACUGAAACAGAGUGAGGCAGACAAUUCCAGCCUUCCAACGUUGAAGAAAUACCCGAUUAGGGAGAGAAGUCCUGCCGUGUCGAGUUGUGGAGAGUUGUCUAAUGUUCCAACCUAUCUUGGGCGACCUCGUGGACGAAAAAGGGGAAGAGCGCGUAAGAGGGGGAAUCCUCUUAGCCACAUUCUAGAUGCAAGUCCACCUAAGGUAGCAAGACGUGGGAGGCGUAGAGGCAGAGGGCGCCCGAGAGGUGGCCGACUUUACCGAGGUCUAAAUAGGCAGGAAAUGUCCGCUCCUGCAGGUCUGAAAAAACUGGGAAGUGUCAUUGAAGACGUUCCUAACAGGGCUUCUGUAACAGUUGAAAGACGUGGUUCUUCAAGGCUUCAGACCUCUGGAAGGGGUAGAAGGGGUAGAUCUUGUCGUGGAAGAGGGCUUGUCAGGGGUCGUGGUAGAGGAAGGGGUCGUGGUAGAGUGAGCAUGCAAGGAGCAUAUUCAAGAGGCCGAGAAAGGUCAUCUUUGAAACCAAGAAGCGUGCAUGAAGCCGUGAACGAAGAAGGUGAAAUGCCUGAAGUCUCGAACAUCGCAAAUUCUGGAGAUAAACUUCCACAAAAGCCACCAAUAAAUCAAUCCAAGUUUGAAGUUGGACAGUGUGAAGACUGGUCGGAUGGAAAAAUGGUAAAACAAGAUGUAAUUACAUCUGGUGAUAUUGGUAGCCAGGGCAUCUGUCCUGUGGAAACUUCCGAGGGUAUCGAAGAAAAUUCCAAUCUCAAAAGAAAGUCAGGGCCGAAGAAUGGUAUUGAUGCUACGUUAGUUUCUUCAGAACCUACCAAGGGUCUUAAUUCACCAAGGACCCCCAAGCUCCAAGGAUCUGAUAUCAUUGUAGGAAAGGAUUCGAUGGUAGCAGACAAGUUGGUGGUGGAAUCGGAUCCAAUCUCAGCCUUUAUGAAAAAGGUUGAUGACGUAGCUCACGACGUCACUGGCAUCCAGCUUAGAGGUGACGCCCAGGGUGAAGAAGAUGGUACCGGACCCAUUAGAACGGUUCAACUCCAAGAGAGUGAUGCCAACACAACACUUACAUUGGUUGUUGCAUUGCGAGGUUCACCUCUUUAGUCUGAUACGGAGCAAGUGUAUCGGAUUAAAAAAAGAAAUGCCGUUCGUGGCAAAGUAUGCCUAUAUUUAUACUUUCAUUUUUUCUCGAUACGUAAUGAUUAAAAUUGAAAUCGUGUUCAGUUUUAUGAAUGUGAUACACAAUAUUGCGUUUUUUCUUCCUUUUGCAUGGAACAAGUUUAUCUUUCAGGUCAGAGUUCUUGAUCAGUGCAACUUUAACAUCACGUUUGUUUUUCAUGGAAUCGCGGUCGUAUUUGUGCAGGUGUAUGUUUACUUAACUAAUUAAAUGUGCUAGCCUAAAUCAGCUGUGAAAUGACAAACAAUCAAGCUAAUGUGUUGAUUUUACCUGCAGGUGUCUGUGGUUAAUUCUAUGGUUCUCAUUUCCGACCGACCCUUAUUUUUACUCCGACCGAGAAAAAAAUCUUUAAUGCCGUCGAUCCUGUCUGGAAUUUCCUACCGAUAAUAGUGUGAUUGUCUUCCGAAUUUUCGGGGAGAAUCAGAUCACUUUUCACCCGCUUUUUUUCAACGAGUGACCGACCCUUCUCGAAGUCAAAAAUUUAGAACCAUGGAAUUAGGUAGUACAGGUGCCCUGAUUAUAAUGAUAAAGCCACGUGACACGCUACCGGUAAUUUCGCUUUUUCUUUCCAAAAGGCACAUUGAAAUCCCAAUGACGUUCACCAAAGUUUGACAAUUCUGGGAAAUUUGAUGAACGACAGUAGGUCAGUGUGAUGGAUCUGUUCUCAUUUACAGUAAAGAAUUGUGCUUCUUGUAUAUGAACAAAUUAUACUUCGUCAUUAGCGGCUGUCCCGCUUUCACCCUUGGAUGUGUUAAAUGGGUCUUACAAUGCUUAUCCUUACAUUUGGAAAAAGUGGAAUAUAAUUCGUUAGUUCAUAUUGGAUGGAAGCAAAAUGAUCAGAUGUGUACUAUAGGCAAAGUCUGUUCCUUAAAUAUGAUUUUGCGUUGAAGUUCAAGUAGUUCGAUAAAUUGCAUUUUCUGAGCUUGUUCAGCAUUUGUUUCGUUUCUCGGAUACUGCUUGUCUGUUUAAAUUAUAGCUUCUCCAAUUGUUCAAAUUGCUUGCACCGUUGGGCAAAAAAGUUUGUUGUUAAAGUUCUUCGAAGUUGUUUUUUCCUUGUCUUUUUCACUUUGUAAAGUGUUCCUGGACAGGAUUUAUGAAAAGAUGAAAAUGCAGUUCCUCAGUGCCUUCUUGAUCUUUAUAAAAUUAUUUUGUAAUAAUUAAGAGUUGAUGUGGAAAUAUAGUCGCACACUUCUUGAAUGAUCACUCAUAAACAUUGCAUUAUGCUUAAGUAGUUCCAAUAGUGUUCUCAUUUCCAUUCUUAUGCCAAUAUCAAAGUGUACAUAAUUUUUUUAAUCAUAAAAGGCUUUGUGUUACUUAGUAACAUUUAUUUUGAAACAUUGAUUUCAAGAGGCUUACAAUAUAAAUUUAUUAAUGGGUCGAAAUGAAACCAUUCAUUAUUUUCCCCUCUUGGUUUUAAGGUAGCUAUGAAGAUAUCAAACGUUUCUCGUCCUAAUUUAAUUGAUGAGGUUCCUAUCAAAAUAACGUCGAUAGCCAUAGAUUAUUCCGUGAUGUGGGUACCACAGUCACGCACGCAUUCUCAAUCUUCUGGCGUGCGUGUAUUUUGCAAAUAACGCGACGAUACCCUCUUGGUCAACGCAUUGAAUGCGCGUGUACCAAUUGUCAUGCACGUGUUCUAUUGCAAUAAUUGGUUGUGUGUCUCACUACCUGAUUUAUCCACAUAAUUUUACCUUGUAGACUAGUUUAAAAGUAUACUAUAUGCACUUUUUACGUUUGUGGCGUCAGUGGAUUAUAAGGUUUAGUAUUCUUCCCGUAAAGGCUUUGACUAGCGGGAACAAUAGUGCAUUUGUAUUAGUACCAACUUUAAUGAUCUCGAACGGCACUUUAUGGCUUUUUCACCAUGUCCACAGGACAGCGUUCAAAUAAAAUUACAAGAAUAAUUAA